GCUCCUGAACCCGGCUCAGAAGACUCUAUAUCAGGAUGUGAUGUUGGAGAACUAUCGCAACCUGGUUUCCAUCGCCUGCAGAUUUUGAAUCACCUUCAGCUUAGAGGAAGGAGCAAGAAGUUCCUGGAUUGGGUAUUAUUAUUUCUGGGAUGUCCUCAUGAGAGACUGAAAUGUGUGAGCAUCAUUGGAGCUGAUCCAGAUAGACAAACAUAGAGCAUCCCAGUUGCCGGCAGUGUCCUAAGGACCAAAGAAAAUGACCAAGGCUCAGGAAUCACUAACAUUCAAUGAUGUGGCUGUAAAGUUCACCUGGGAGGAAUGGCAGCUCCUGAACCCUGCUCAGAAGAUGCUAUAUCAGGAUGUGAUGUUGGAGAACUAUCGCAACCUGGUUUCCAUUGAGACCCCAAAAGUUAAUGAUCAUUUGCUUGAUCAGUCGCAACAUGAAAGGAACAUCGACAAAACUGAACAGUUCUAUAAAUUUAAUACAUUGGAAAAUAUUCUUCAUCAGCACAAAAACAAUUUCCCUCUAAAGGAAAAUUAUGAGAUAUUUGGCAUUCAUGAAAAAAUAGUAAAACCAGAUUUAAUCAUUCCAGUAUUAAAUCAAAAGAUUAGUAGCCAAAUAAAGAAGUCAAUUGUGGUCAAUGGAGAUGAAAAAACUGUUUUGAAUGUUGAAGAAGACCAAUUUUGUACUGAAGUGAAAUUCUCUGUGUGUGAAAAAUCCAGUAGCAUGAAGUCACAAUGCAUUCAGCAUCAGGAAUCUGACAAAUUUGAGAAACCAGGCAUAGGUAAUAAAUGUGGGGAAAACUUCAUCAAGGAGUGGUUCCUCUGUGAGGAUGUACUAGAUAAAACCUAUGAAUGCAGUCAGUGUGGGCAGAAAUUUGACAGAGUAUUCAAACUCACUGCACAUUGUCAAACAGCUCAUAAAGGACAAAAACCAUAUACAUGCUUGGAAUGUGGCAAAGCUUAUCACAGUAAGUCAUACCUCCAGGAACAUCAGAAAACUCAUGUGGCAGGGAUGCCCUGUGUAUGCGGUGAAUGUGGGAAAACCUUCAACAGGAACAGUGAUCUCAGUGCUCAUCAACGAACUCAUAGUGGAGAGAAAGCCCAUGUACGUGGUGAGUGUGGUAAAGCUUUCAGCAGGAAGCAAUGCCUUACAGCACAUCAGACAUUUCACACAAGAAAGAAACUCCAGGUAUGUGGUGAAUGUGGAAAAACCUUUAUCAAGAAGCAUGCUCUCACUAUUCAUCAGCGAACUCAUACUGGAGAGAAACCCCAUGAAUGUGGUGAAUGUGGAAAAGCCUUUGUCACGAAGAAAGUUCUCACUGUUCAUCAGCGAAUUCAUACUGGAGAAAAACCGUAUGUGUGCGGUGAGUGUGGUAAAGCUUUCAGCCGGAAACGAUGCCUUACAGACCAUCAGGCAUUUCACACAGGAGAGAAACCCCAUGUAUGUGGUGAAUGUGGAAAAGCCUUUAUCAGGAAGACUGUUCUCACUGAUCAUCAGCGAACUCAUACUGGAGAGAAACCCCAUGUAUGUGAUGAAUGUGGAAAAGCCUUUGUCAUGAAGAAUGCUCUCACUGUUCAUCAGCGAACUCAUACUGGAGAGAAACCCUACGUAUGUGGUGAAUGUGGCAAAGCCUUUAUCACGAAGAAUACUCUCACUGUUCAUCAGCAAACUCAUACUGGAGAGAAACCCCAUGUAUGUGAUGAAUGUGGAAAAGCCUUUACCAGGAAGAAGAACCUGACUGUUCAUCAGCGAACUCAUACUGGAGAAAAACCAUAUGUAUGUGGUGAUUGUGGUAAAGCUUUCAGCCGGAAGCGAUACCUUACCGCACAUCUGACAUUUCACACAGGAAAGAAACCCCAUGUAUGUGGUGAAUGUGGAAAAGCCUUUAUCAGGAAGACAGUUCUCACUGCUCAUCAGCGAACUCAUACUGGAGAGAAACCCUAUGUAUGUGGUGAAUGUGGAAAAGCCUUUAUCACGAAGGAUGCUCUCACGAUUCAUCAGCGAACUCAUACUGGUGAGAAACCCCAUAUAUGUGGUGAAUGUGGAAAAGCCUUUACCUGGAAGAAUGCUCUCACUGUUCAUCAGCGAACUCAUACUGGAAAGAAACCCCAUGUAUGUGGUGAAUGUGGCAAAGCCUUUACCUGGAAGUAUGCUCUCACUGUUCAUCAGCGAACUCAUACUGGAGAGAAACCCCAUGUAUGCGGUGAAUGUGGAAAAGCCUUUAUCAGGAAGAAUGAACUCACUGCUCAUCAGCAAAGUCAUACUGGAGAGAAACGUUAUGUAUGCGGUGAGUGUGGUAAAGCCUUAAGCUGUAAACAAUCCCUUAUAGCACAUCAGACAUUUCACACAGGAAUGAAACCCCAUGUAUGUGGUGAAUGUGGGAAAGCCUUUAGCUGGAAGACUGUUCUCACUGCUCAUCAGCGAACUCAUACUGGGGAUAAACCCCAUGUAUGUGGUGAAUGUGGCAAAGCUUUUAUCACAAAGAAUGAACUCACUACUCAUCAGCGAACUCAUACUGGAGAGAAACCUUAUGUAUGCAGUGAUUGUGGUAAAGCUUUCAGCUGGAAGGGAUCCCUUACAGCACAUCAGACAUUUCACACAGGAAAGAAACCCUAUGUAUGUGGUGAAUGUGGAAAAGCCUUUAUCAGGAAGAUUGACCUCACUGUUCAUAAGCGAACUCAUACUGGAGAGAAACCUCAUGUCUGUGGUGAAUGUGGAAAAGCCUUUAGCAGGAAGAAUAACCUCACUGUUCAUCAGCGCACUCAUACUGGGGAUAAGCCCCAUGCAUGUAGUGAAUGUGGAAAAGCCUUUUCCUUGAAGAAGGACCUCACUUUUCAUCUGCGAACUCAUACUGGAGAGAAACCCUAUGUAUGCGGUGACUGUGGUAAAGCCUUUAUCAGGAAGGAUGGUCUCACUGCUCAUCAGCGAACUCAUACUGGAGAGAAACCCCAUGUAUGCGCUGAGUGUGGUAAAGCCUUUAUCAGGAAGGAUGUUCUCACUGCUCAUCAGCAAAUUCAUACUGGAGAAAAACCUUAUGUAUGCGGUGAGUGUGGUAAAGCUUUCAGCAGAGAGCGAUCCCUUACAGCACAUCAGACAUUUCACACAGGAAUGAAACCCCUUAUAUGUGGUUAAUGUGGGAACACCUUUAUCUUGAUGAAUGAACUCACUGUUCAUCGGCAAACUCAUACUGGAGAGAAACCCCAUGUAUGCGCUGAGUGUGGUAAAGCUUUCAGCCAGAAACGAUGAUUCACCGCACAACAGCUAUUUCACACAGGAGAGACGCCCUUUGCAUGACAUAAAUGUGGAGAAAAAUCAUAUCUGGAAGUCAAGUAUCAUUCCAUAUGAGAACAUUCUUAAUGAGAAAACCUUUCAAUGGUGUAAGUGUAACGAAGCUUUCAAAACACAGGAAGAGGCACUAGGGUUUGGCCUGGGCUGUGUGUGGGACCAAGCAAUUGUGACUUACAAUGUGGCUACCCAUGCAGUGAGUUGCUGUCCCUCUACUGACAUGGCCCACCAUUGUGGGGAGAGGGAGAGGGGCAUCCAGACCUUCACAGGGCACACGGGCACCUCAUUGCUCUUGCAGCUCCUGUUUCUGAAUCACAGCUAUACCGAGCAGUAGAGUGCCUACUCAGAUGCCAGGAGUGCCUGCCCCACCUGCAUUCUCUUUGUUACCCCCCAGAGACAGCACAAAAGUAACAUAAAGUAAGAAUGAAGCAAAUAGAAGACGUUUGGGAACAAUUAGUCCAGAUGAUGAAUGGACCACAGCGAACCUCAGCCUCCACAACCCUGAGAACGGAAGCCCUAGAUGGUGCCCAGCUACCACUGCUAAUUACUUGAAAAGGAUCAAAAAAUAAAAAAUAAAUAAAAUUUAAAAAAAAGAAAAGGAUCACUACAGAAGGACCUGAGUAGAGUGGGAGCACAAAGUGGACCAAAACCCAAAAUCAUAGACUAGGCUUACUGGUCUGAUGGAUACUUGCAAUCCCAACGAUGGCCCUUAGCAGCUUCACUCCCGGAACUGUACUCCCUCCUCUGACUCUGUUUUCAACCAAAAAAAUAAACGGGCUUGGAGGGGAAGAAUAACAUUCGAGAGGUACACACUCCACAGAAUUACCAAGCGUACAAAAUCAAAAUGACAGCAUUUGCUAAUGAAUAAACUCUUGAAAGCAGGAAGGGAUGGGAAAGGAUGAAUAAUAAUGAGGAAAAAACAGGGAGGGCGGAAGUGGGAAGAGUGCUGGUCUGUCUUGGGGACUGCAAUCAAUGUACGAA